UUCAUUUGGCUAGUAAGAGAAUAGAGAGGAAAUCAAAAGAACUAUAAAUCAUGUCUAGCAGGAGAAGAAGAUCAGCUUUAAAACUUACUCCAGAUGAGAUUAGUAAUCUCGUCUUGAAACUACAAGCUUUGUUGCCAGAUUCCUCUUCAAGAUGCACUUCCGAGGUACCAGCCUCGAAGACAUUGGAAGAGACGUGUAAUUAUAUCAAAAUGCUGCACAGUGAGGUUGAUGAUCUCAGUGAGAAGCUCUCUCAAAAACUAGCUUCCACAGACUCCAUAUUAAUGCCGUUGAUCGAGACACUCAGACACCUUUAGAAACAACAAAACCCUGAGAACUAUGCAGCUCUGAGUGUUUAGUUUGGUGAAUGCAUGCAGCAGCAGAUAUAUGAAUUGCUGUAUUCUUCCUUGUUUUUCACUGCCUUACGUUAAAUUCUCUAUGCUCAGAUGUUGGUUCCCAAGUUUAGCUUUUCUUUUCUAUAUUUAUAUAUAGGUUAAUAAAUGCGAUAUAGCAUAUAAAUGAA